AUGGACGCAACAAUUGAGUGGCUCGGUUGGACCACGUUUCGCAUCAAGGUCAACGGUCUCGUCAUCUUUUUGGACACAUGGCUAGACCGCCCCGAAGGGAUGCCCAAAGUGUUGGAUAUCGACGAUGUGACUGAAGCGGAUUACAUCUUCAUCUCACACGCACAUUUUGACCAUCUACCCGGAGCCGAUAAGAUAGCAAUCAAGACGGGAGCACACGUUAUCGCCAACGGUGAAGCUAUCAACGCCCUCCGAUCCGCUGGAGUCCCCGAGGAUCAGUUGAUACCAGUGGCUGGUGGCGAGCGCAUCCCUCUUUUCACUCUCGAGACUCGUCAUGCCGCGGCUCGUGGUGAAGUCGGCAUCGUUCCUGGGCCACCAGGUGCCCCUACUCGUCCAGAUCCUAGUUUGGCAGCAGCUUCCGUCCACGUCUGGCCUUCACUGCACUGCCUGUUGCCAGGCAGCUCGCCCGCCGACUUACCAGAAGUUAUGGAUACUGGAAAGGAGUAUAUCGGGGGAGCAAGCCAGUACGCUUGUACUCUUGACAUCACUUUCAUGCUGAAACACGGCCUGCUCAAGCUAAGCGACCAUAUGCCUCGUGAAGCUAUGGAUGAGGGCAUGCGCUCGUUCGUCGACUGGAUUGAUAGCCCGGCGAGUAAAUGUUCUUCUCCUUUUGACGGAGGGCAGCUAAUGUUCAACUUUCUCUUCGGGGAGGGUAAAACCGUGCUUUGGAAUGGGCAUCUUGGCAUGUACGCCGGAAUACUCAAGACACUGCAGCCACAGCCAGACAUACUGAUUCAGGCUAUUGCGGGGCGGGGGAACUUGAACGGGAGACCGUUUGAUGGAUCAGCGGCCCAGUUUGCGGUGAAGUUGUCGAAACUGCUAGGAGAGCCGAAGAAGGUAAUCUGGUGUAUGCACGAGGAUCAGCCGGUCUCGCCACGACGGUUAGUACUAGCACCCGCUACAGAAGCAAUGGAGAAGGAAACUAGUUCCAAGGUGACUACAUUACAGCUGGGUGCAUUGGAUAGACUUUUCUAA